GGCCGGGGCUGAUGUACUACUAGUUGGUUAGAGGCGGGUUAUUUUGGGCAAGUCUGUGUGCACGCACCUCAAACGGAGAGAGGGAGCGAAAGAGAGCGCACGGCGCACAGACCAGACAGAGCGAGGAGAGGGAGAAAAGCGCACAGAUUUCAGUGGCAUCAAGCUGAUUCUCUCGCACACUGGAUGCGUGCAACAGAUCCGCAGAAGAGGGACUAUUGGAGACACAUUUGGAUGCUUUUACGGACACUAGUGCAACUUAUAUCACAUUUCAUUUAACAGAUUUUGUUUUCUUUUUUUCCCUCCUGCUCCACCGAGAAAGCGAUGCAUGAGCUGAUUAGGGGAGGACAGCUCUUAGUAAGUUACAGCAAGGAUUAACCUGCACUGCCUUUGAGAGCAUUUGGGAUCUGUUUGUUGCUGAAACAAAAUGCAAGCUGGGAAAAUGAAAGGACUACUCUUGACAAGAUUGUGGAAAGUUUUGGCUGUGUUGGUGCUGGCAACACAACACGUCUACGGUAAGACACUGAAAUAUCAGAUCUAUGAGGAGCAGAAGGUUGGCACAGUCAUCGCCCGUUUGAGAGACGAUGUGGCUGAUGUUGUGGCUAAACUUCCAAGCUCAGUGUCGCUCCGCUUCAGAGCAAUGCAACGAGGGAGUUCGUCUUUCCUCACGGUGCGCGAGCAGGACGGCGAAAUCAGCAUCAGGACCAAAAUCGACCGUGAGAAACUCUGCGAAAAGAACCUCAACUGUUCUAUCCAAUUUGACGUGCUGACACUCCCUACAGAGCACCUGCAGCUCUUUCAUGUGGAGGUGGAAGUGUUGGACAUUAACGACAACGCACCCCAGUUCGCCCGAGCCGUCAUCCCCAUUGAGAUUUCAGAGAGCGCGGCCGUGGGAGCGCGCAUUCCCCUGGACAGUGCCACAGACCCCGACGUCGGGGAAAACUCACUCUACACAUAUGCCUUAGAGCCCAACAACUUCUUCAAGAUUGACAUCCAAUCAAGGACUGAUGGUGCCAAAUACGCAGAGCUUGUGGUGCUCAGGGAGCUGGACCGUGAGGUGCGCUCUAGUUAUGAACUUCAGUACACGGCCUCUGACAGGGGCGUUCCCCCGAGAACGGGUUCAACCCUCCUCAAAAUCAGUGUUGCGGACUCAAAUGACAACAGCCCAGUUUUUGACAAGUCGUCAUAUGUCAUAAAUCUCCCAGAAAAUUCACCUGUUGGCACUCUACUCAUUGACCUAAACGCCACUGACGCGGAUGACGGGACCAACGCCAAAAUAGUCUACUCCUUCAGCAGUCACGUGUCCCCCAAAAUAAUGGAGACAUUCAAAAUUAACCCUGACAGCGGCCGCCUGACUCUCAUCAGGCGAGUGGACUAUGAAACUGUUAACUCCUACGAUAUUGAUGUUCAAGCACAAGACAUGGGUCCAAACUCCAUGCCAGCCCACUGCAAGAUCCUGGUCAAAGUGGUAGAUGUGAACGACAAUAAACCAGACAUCAGCAUCAACCUCAUGUCUUCUCAGGGGAAUGGUGACGCAGCUUAUAUAUCUGAGGCUUCUCCUUUGGACACUUUUGUUGCUUUGGUGAGGGUGGAGGACUUGGACUCCGCAUUAAAUGGAGAGGUAGAGUGUAAACUUCAUGGUCAAGGAUAUUUCAAACUGCAAAAGACGUAUGAAAACAACUACAUGAUUUUAACAAACGUGUCUUUGGAUCGAGAGAAGAGGUCAGAGUUCAGCCUGACAGUUGUGGCAGAAGACAAGGGGACCCCAAGUCUCUCGACUGUCAAACAUUUUACUGUGCAUGUAACUGAUGAGAAUGACAACCCACCACGCUUUGAGAAGGGGAGAUACGAGAUUUUUAAAUCAGAGAACAAUGCCCCAGGAGCAUAUCUGACCUCCAUCUUGGCUACUGACCCAGAUCUUGAUGCCAAUGGACAGGUGAGCUACUCUAUUCUGGAAAACUCAGUUCACGGUAGCUCUAUUUCAACCUAUGUCACCAUUGACCCCUCUAAUGGUGCCAUGUACGCCCUGCGAACAUUUGAUCGUGAGGAUGUGAGUCGUAUCUCCUUUGUUGUUCAAGCUAAAGAUGCAGGGAAACCACCACUGCUCAGCAAUGCCACAGUUAUUCUGAAUAUUCUGGAUGAGAAUGACAAUCCUCCAGUCAUUGUUGUCCCCCAGCUGUGGAACUUCACCGCUGAUGUGCCUGCAUCAAAGUUCACUGAGGCUGGACAAUUGGUAACCAUGAUCAGGGCAACUGAUCGUGACACAGGGGUCAACGCUGAGCUCAUCUGCUCCAUUGUUAGUGGCAACGAGGAGGGCUUCUUUCUUAUUGACCCAAGAACAUGCGAGAUCCAUGCUAACGCAAGUCUGGAGAACUUCCCCCAUGAGCACGCUGAGUUGACGAUUGUAGUACGAGAUCAGGGAAGGGAGAGCCUCAGUGCUAAGGCGGUGCUUAAACUCACUCUCUAUGAGAACUUGGAGAACCAUGUUCAGGUAAUGGAUCAGGGAGAGUCAGCCUUUGAUGUAUCCCUGAUUAUCAUUAUCUCCCUGGGAGCUAUCUGUGCUGUGCUUCUGGUCAUCAUGGGGGUGUUUGCAGGUCGCAGUAAGCGGGAGAAGAAAGACAGCAGAAACUCUUACAACUGCCGGGUGGCUGAGUCGACCCACCAGCAUCAUCCCAAGAAGCCCUCACGCCAAAUCCACAAAGGUGAUAUCACCCUAGUUCCAACUGUGAAUGGCACCCUGCCAAUCAGAGCCCACCACAGAUCACCUUCAGCUACACCUCCCAUGGAUCGGGCUCAGAUUGGUAGCCGGCAGAAUCAUCACAGCCGCCAGUCUCUAAACAGCCUAGUGACCAUCUCGUCCAAUCACAUUCCAGAGAGCUUUGCACUGGAACUGGCACAUGCAACUCCCCCAGUGGAGCAAGUCUCACAGCUUCUGUCCAUGCUCCAUCAGGGCCAGUACCAGCCCAGACCCAGUUUCCGUGGCAACAAAUACUCCCGCAGCUACAGGUAUGCAUUACAAGACAUGGACAAGUUCAGCCUGAAGGACAGUGGCCGUGGGGACAGCGAGGCGGGGGACAGUGACUGUGACAUGGGGCGGGAAUCCCCCGUGGACAGACUGCUGCUGGGGGAAGGCUUUUCUGAUCUGAUACAACUUGAAAUGCAUCAUCGACUUCACCCAGCCAUGAGACUGUGCACAGAUGAAUGUCGUAUCCUGGGACACUCUGACCAGUGCUGGAUGCCCCCCCUCUCUUCACCCGCUUCUUCCUCUGACUAUCGUAACAACAUGUACAUCCCUGGGGAGGAGUCCACACAGCAGCCCCAGGUGACUGACGAUGACCAGUCCUCAGUUGACUCGGAGCGCCGGAAGAGCUUCUCCACUUUUGGCAAAGAGUCUGGGAGUGAAGAGGCAGGGGCUGGGGGAGUUGUUGCUGGAGGAGGAAGUGAUGUUUGUGCAUCUGGAGGAGGGGCUGGCUCCCUCCUGACAGAGAUGAACUCUGUAUUCCAACGCCUCCUUCCCCCUAAUAUGGACUCAUACACAGAGUGCACUGAAACAAGCCCACCUUCAUCCUCAUCAAACAGUGACAGAGGAAGCGGGCGUAGUGGAAACAUUGCUGGUAACCAUAGUAACAAUGCUGUUCCUCAGGACAACCGAAGAGGGUUGCUGCCAGGGGGAAAAGGUUCAGCUUACCCCCCAGGUGUGGCUGCAUGGGCAGCCAAUACCCACUAUUUAAAUCCUGGGAAUGGAUCUGUGGCAGCCAAUCAUGUUUCCUCAUCUUCACCUUCAUCCACCUCCACUUCCACCUCCACCAAUGGACAGCAACCACACCUAAAAUGGCUGCCAGCAAUGGAGGAAAUACCAGAGAAUUAUGAAGAGGAUGACUUUGAAGGUGUCUUUCAUCAGGGUCACCAGGGUGCCAAGCGCAGCGAGAGCCGCCAUGAGACCAAUAUGGAUGCUAGUGAGCUGGUUCAUGAGAUCAACAAACUGCUGCAGGAUGUCCGACAGAACUAGAGAGAAAAAAAAAAGUGGAAGGAAGGCAUGGUUUCACAUUUCACAUCAUCUUGGCAACUGCUUGUUCCAUGUGCCAAUAUAUAUAAACUUUAUGAUGACUGUUUCUUGUUCACUGUAAUGCUCAUCUUGUACAUUUUACCGAAUAUCCUCUUCAGUGCUGAGAGACUGAGAGAAAGUAAAAUAAGGCACUGAAGAUGUGAUUGAGGUGACUUAAAGGCAUCAAAGAGAGUGCUCGAAGAACAGAUUGCUCAGUUGUUAUUACUGUCUCUCUGAAAGUUGCUUGAGAGAUUUCAAAAGGAAAUUCACCAAUGAAAACUGUACUCCUUUCUUCAUUUGUAAUGUUUACAGCAGCGUGAACAGGCUCCACAGGGAGGGAACCAACAGUUGUGUGAUCUGAUUUCUGCUUUUACAGUGUACGAUAUGUACAGUGUCUGUGGAAAAAGGCAAACUCACUUGAAUAUUGUGCUAUGUCUCCUGUUUUGUUAAAAUGGAAUGUAACUGUACAAUUUGACCUUUGUAUUUUAAAAAUACACUCUUUUUUACUUCUAUAUAUUUAUAUGUGUCCAUGUAUGUUUGUACAGAAAAGAAAACAAAUGUCUAUUUUUUAUAUUUGUCACUGCAUGUCUUAAUAUUACUUAAUGUGUUCUUUUUUCAUCUGCUCUGUUUAUUUUAUAAAACAAUUGUAUUUAAUUUUGUUAUUGGACGUAUGUGCGUAUCAGAAUAAUCACAUUCCAAUGCGGUUCCAUGUUGGAAGUUGGUUUUGUAUGGUGACACUGUGACCAUUAGAUGACAAAUAAAGUUG